AUGAAGUUCCUCGUUUCUCUUCUUCUGCUGGCCCUCGCAGCUAUUACGCAAGCUGCAAGCGCCACGGGCGAUCGCCUUCUGAGCAUCUGGGAGGAUGUCGACGACCAGAAGCUCUACUCCAAAUUCAUAGGAGACCUAGAGAAGCGAGGCUACAAGAUCACCCAUGCGACUCCCAAACAGGAAGACCUGAGGUUGGAGCACCUUGGCGAGAAGACCUUUGACCACCUCGUCAUCUUUCCAACCAAGUCAAAGGGACUUGGCCCCAACCUGACUGCCCAAAAGCUCCUCGACUUCCUCAACGCUGACGGCAACAUCCUGCUUGCCCUGAGCUCCACACAGCCCGUCCCCACGGCCCUGAACGCUCUCCUUCUCGAGCUGGACAUCCACAUCCCCGCCGAGCGAACCGGUCUGGUUGUUGACCAUUUCAACUAUGAUUCGAAGUCCGCGGGCGACCUCCACGAUGUCCUCCUUCUGCCGACUCCCGGCGACUACCGACCCGAUACCAAGAACUACUUCGGCAGCGGUGGCAAGAAAGACUUGCUCGCCUUCCCUCGCGGUCUCGGUCACACCUUGGGCAACGGGCCCCUCCUGACGCCCAUCCUGAGGGCCCCACGGACAGCCUACAUCUACAACGAGAAGGAGCAGUCUGAGGUCGUGGACGAGGUCUUCGCUGCUGGCGAGCAGCUCUCGCUCGUUUCCGCCUUCCAGUCCCGCAACUCUGCCCGUUUCACGCUCGUUGGCUCCGCCGAGAUGUUCCAGGACAAGUGGCUGGAUGCCAAGGUCAAGCUCCCAGAGGGCAAGGAGGCAGUCACCGCUUGGAACGAGCAGUUCGCCCGCCGUGUCAGUGGCUGGACCUUCCACGAGAUCGGACACCUGCGCGUCAACCACGUCGAGCAUCAUCUGGCUGAGGAGGGACCUUUGGCCAAUGUCUCCAACCCAUCCAUCUACCGUGUCAACAACAAUGUUACAUACGAGAUUUCCAUCUCGGAAUGGGUCUGGGACAGGUGGUGGGACUUCAAGGUCCCCGAGGGCGAUGAGCUGCAGCUCGAAUUCAGCAUGCUCUCCCCCCUGCACCGCAUCCCCAUCAAGAAGAUGAAGCGUGCUUCCUCCGAGACUGACGGCAUCUUCCGCGUGACCUUCCGGGUCCCUGACCACCACGGCGUCUACAACUUCUUGACCAACUACAAGCGGCCGUUCCUGACCAACAUCGAGGAGAAGCGCAGCGUGACCGUCCGCCACAUGGCCCACGACGAGUACCCCUACAGCUACGAGAUCCCUGCUGCUUGGCCCUACCUCACCAGCAUUGGCGUCACUUGUGUGGGCUGGUUGGCUUUUGUCGCCAUUUGGAUGUUUAACAAGCCUGCACAGCAGGCCGGGGACGCGAAGAAGAAGCAGUAG